AUGUUGCAGGAUGUGGUGUGGCAGCUGCAACUCGCGUUGGCCCAGCAAGAGACUGCACAGGCACAGGUGGGCACUGCACAGGCACAGGUGGACAUGGCUAUGAAGAAGUGGGAGGUCGCGGAGCAAGUAGGCGAUGAGGAGAAGGUCAAGGAGGCGAAGCAGGAGGUCAAGGAGGCGGAGCAGAAGGUCAAGGAGGCGAAGCAGGAGGUCAAGGAGGCGAAGCAGGAGGUCAAGGAGGCGGAGCAGAAGGUCAAGGAGGCGGAGCAGAAGGUCAAGGAGGCGGAGCAGAAGGUCGAGAAGGCCAAGCAGCAGGUCAAGGAGAUGGUGCAGAAGGUCGAGGUCGCUUCCAAAGACUUCGACAUAGCAGCGUGUACGCGGCCUCCGAUCAAAGUCCGACCGAGCCACUUCGUGCAACUUGCCCCUUGUGUGUCAGCCUGCAUCGAGGCUGUGAACAAGCGCUUGCCAGAGCAGACAGAGGCUACCAGUGUGCGAGUUCCCCCGGCGGUGCUCUCCCGGUGCAUGCGCGGGGGCAAGACCACAGUGCUGAUGCACGUCUUCGACGAGCUGAAAGAGAAGUCCAAGAACCCUAUUUUCAUAAGCUUUAAUGGGGACUCGCUUAUCCGGCAGCUCGAGAACGAAAGCUGCCUGGAAACGAUGCUGAGGGCCAUCGCCGUUGCACUGCUGACAACGAAGCCCGCGAAGCGUGAUGAGACUGCGCGAAUUCUCUGUAGGCAGAAUGUCUUGGAGGAGUACCUGAAGGACAAGAAGGAUGUCGUCCUGAUCGUCGACGAGCUAAAUGUUUUGCUGAAGCCAGACAAGUCAGAUGAUGGCUAUGCAGAGGUUGGCGCGUUCCUGCGGGAGCAAUUCCUCGACCCUUCAGGCCGAUACCUGAUUUUCAGCACUCAUGUUCCAACCGGCUUCGGCCUGUCCCAUCUUUUGGGCAAGGGCUCAGGCAGCACUCGUACAGCAGAGACUAUAGAGAUGCCCAGGUCGCAUGACAUGCCGUCACUCAGGAGCAUGGGCGAACAAUGUGAGGCUUUGACUCCUUGCGAGGCUGCGUACUAUGGACGAAUACCAUCCCUAAUCUAUUCCGUGAAGAUGCCGCACAGCAGCUUCAACAUACUGGAACGGUUCCAGGCAGUAGAAUGUGGGGAACCAACACAAGCCUUGAUCGCAUCUUUUCUCUCAGAGUUCUUCACGGGUGUGCGGAGUGCAGACUCAGAUCCAAUACGAGCCUUCGACACCCUCACCGAAUGCCCAGCCAGCGGACGGAUUCGGUGGAUCCUUGCAUAUGUGGGUCAAAUGUGCUCUCACCUGGGAUUGUCAGAAAUUGCCGGUUGGGUCGACGAGAUCCCCAUGCUAUCGGAAAAGGUCGAUAGCUGCCUAGACUGGGAGGCCAUCGUCCUGGUCGCGCUCAGCCUCCGAUGCGUCCAGGCCAAGUACAACUAUGUCCACCCGCUCUUGAAUCUGCCAGAAGGUGCUGUGCCGGUCAAAGACGUUUUCCUGAAAAAAGUGCCACAGGAUUGGUGCAAAACGCUGCCCGACAUGGUGAAGUGGUGGAAGCAGAGGACCGUAUCACCUGAUGCAUUCCCGUACAUCGCAGUGUUGUCGCCAAACUUCGCAAAGACGGAGGUUGUUGACGCAGCAUGGAUCUACAAGCAAGAUUCAGCGAGCAACUGCGUGGUGCGGGGCGUGCAAAUGAAGCUGGGAAGAACUGUGCCAAGAAUGCCACACGACAUGCUUGGCUUGGUUAUGAGAGGAAGAGCACCAUCAAUAGGCAAGCGGGCCGAGGGCUGGGUGUACCCGAGCUCAGGUGACAUUCGUGAUUUUUUGGGUGCUUCCUUGUCAGCCCUCUAUCCUUCUGACUGGCCUCGUGCAGACGGUGGAGGGAACUGCGGCUGGGCAAAGGCUCGUGAGAUUGUGGAGCAAUCGACCUAG